AGGGAGGGAGGGAAGCCCAGCCCUGCCCUGCCCUGCCCUACCCUGGCGGCACAUGGCAGCAGAGUGCUCGGCUGCUCCGCAGGUUAACUAGGGCCGGGCUCCGGCCGGCGCACCCAGGCUCUCUCGGUCCGCCGGGUUGCCGCAGGGAUUAAAAUGCAGCUGGCCGCCUGCUUCUUUUUGGGCUGCGGUAUCUUCCUAGCUUCAGGAUACAACUCCUUCAGUAAGAGUAUGGAGACGAUAGGCAAGAAGCAGUACCAGGUUCAGCAUGGUUCGUGCAGCUACACCUUCCUCCUGCCCGAGACGGACAAUUGCCGGUCCUCCACUCCGUACGUGUCCAACGCGGUGCAGAGGGAUGCGCCGCUGGACUAUGAUGAUUCAGUUCAAAGACUGCAGCUACUUGAGAACAUCAUGGAAAACAACACUCAGUGGCUAAUGAAGCUUGAGAAUUACAUCCAAGACAGUAUGAAGAAAGAAAUGGUAGAGAUCCAGCAAACUGCAGUGCAGAACCAGACUGCAGUAAUGAUUGAAAUAGGCACAAACUUACUAAAUCAAACAGCUGAACAGACCCGCAAAUUAACAGAUGUUGAAGCACAAGUAUUAAACCAGACAACCAGACUUGAACUUCAGCUUUUGGAACACUCUCUUUCAACAAACAAACUUGAAAGGCAGAUUUCAGAUCAGACCAAUGAGAUAACAAAAUUACAAGAAAAAAACAGCUUUCUAGAAAAAAGAGUUCUUGAGAUGGAAGACAAGCACACACUUCAGCUGAAGUCAAUAAAAGAUGAAAAAGAUCAGCUUCAAGUCCUAGUAUCCAGACAGAAUUCUAUUAUAGAAGAACUAGAAAAACAGUUAGCUACAGCUACAGUAAACAACUCAGUUCUGCAAAAACAACAACAUGAUCUGAUGGAGACCGUUCAUAACUUGCUUACUAUGAUAUCUACACCAAACUCUAAAAACAACUUCAUAGCUAAAGAGGAGCAAAUCAGCUUCAAGGACUGUGCUGAAGCUUUCAAAUCUGGACUGACAACAAGUGGAAUCUACACUUUAACAGUUUCAAACACGGCACAAGAAAAGAAGGCCUACUGUGACAUGGAAACUGGUGGAGGAGGCUGGACAGUUAUUCAGAGACGUGAAGAUGGCAGUGUGGACUUUCACCGGACAUGGAAAGAGUACAAGAUGGGAUUUGGUGAUCCUGCUGGGGAAUACUGGCUGGGAAAUGAGUUUGUUUCUCAAUUGACUAAUCAGAAGCGUUAUGUUCUUAAAAUACACCUGAAAGACUGGGAAGGAAAUGAGGCGUAUUCAUUGUACGACCACUUCUCUCUAGCAAGUGAAGAAUUAAAAUACAGGAUUUACCUUAAAGGACUUACUGGGACAGCGGGCAAAAUAAGUAGUAUAAGCCAACCAGGAAAUGAUUUUAGCACAAAGGAUGCAGACAAUGACAAAUGUAUUUGCAAAUGUUCACAAAUGUUAACAGGAGGAUGGUGGUUUGAUGCUUGUGGUCCUUCUAACCUCAAUGGAAUGUAUUAUCCAUUACGACAGAACAACAACAAGUUUAAUGGGAUCAAGUGGUACUACUGGAAAGGCUCGGGAUACUCCCUCAAAGCUACAACUAUGAUGAUACGACCAGCAGAUUUCUAAAUGUUUUUGAAUUAUGUGAAUUGUAUAGUCUUCAAAGACUUAAUUUGCCAAGCAUAUAAACACACAUCUGCAACUUGUCUCAUUUUUCAAGCCCAGAAAACAUGCACUAGUCUUCUGAAGGGGUCAGUUCAGUACAAUUCCUGAAUUGCAAUAGCCUUGAUCAGCUAAAGCUGAUAUUAUUUAACCAGACACAAAGUCUAAAGCAUCAACUUGAUAUAACAGUGAUUUGGCCAAAUGACCAAAUAAAAAGAACAUCGAAGAAACUGGCAGACAAGGACUCUGUUUUACCAAUCAUUUAUGCUUGUAUGUGUUAGUAAGUAACUGGAACUGUGAAAAAAGCCCUAAAAUAGUUUUAGAAAUACGCGUUUUGCCUCACCACUGUACUUUAAACAUUAAUAUAAAACACUUAGCUAGAUCUAGAACUAUUUAUCUUUAUCUUUCUGUGUCAUGUUUGCCCUUUAUGUAUAUAAAAAAAUACUUUCCUGUAAUUAGCUCAAUACUGUAGUCAGAGAAUACAUUCUUUCUCUCCAUAAUCUCCUAAACAAUUCUUACAUUUAUUUGGGGAUUUUUUCCAAUAGCCUAUAUUAUGUUAUUUAACAGAGGAAAAAUAGCAUUUGAAUAGUUUGCAUUUAUUCUUGGGGAAAUACCAUGUACAAAACCCACCAUUUCUUUCAGUUUGUACUAUUACAGUAACUAUCUUUAAAUUACAAAAAAUCUCUAUAAAUUACAAUAUAGUAUGUAUUUCUUUAUAUUUUUAUGAAGAUUGUACCUUUUUUCUUCCCUUGUCAUUUACCUGUAAAAUAAUUGAUCAGUAUUCUACAAACUGAGACAACGGCAUUAACACCAGAUGUCCGGUUGUCUAUGACAAUCAUUUAUCACCUGGUGCUGUAGUAUAUCUAUAUGUUUUGUAAAAAUAACUUAUCUGAAAAACAUAUGCAUGUUCUUUGAUACAAUUAAAAUUAUGCUUAUGAUACAAAUUGCUACAUUUUAAAAACAGGAAACAAAAACCUGAAAGUAAUCUAAAAGGUCGCACUGUUGUUUUUUUCAGUAAGGUUAGGAAUUCUCCCUAAAAAUUCUCCGUAGGUAGGCCCUCAAUGUAUGCCACAAUGUGAAUAAAUUACUUUACUAGGUGAUCUUUGCUUUUUUUUCCUCCUCAUUUUGUUACUAUAUGCCUUAAAAUUGCGUACUAAACACUACAGUUCAGACUGAGAAGAUAUUUCUUCAUAAAUCACACAAAAUAAUUUUAUGGAGAUUUUUCCCAAAAUUAAGUUUAGCUUUUACUUCUCAUGCUUAGUCUUAGCCUUAAAGUAUUAUUUUUGUAAAACUUUACUUUCAGCAGAUGACUGAACUAGUUAAAAUGCAAGAACAUAGCCCAAAACAAAACAAAAUCCUCAGGCAGAAAAUUUCAGCAAGCUUAGUUUAACAAAAAGGGCAACAAGGCUCGUUAAAAGUCUAGAAAACAUGUCUUAUGAGGAACAGCUGAGAGAGCUGGGAUUGUUUAGUCUUGAGAAGAGGAAGCUCGGGAGGACCUCAUCACGCUCUCUACAACUACCUGAACAGAGGUUGUAGCCAGGUGGGGGUUGGUCUCUUCUGCUGCACCUGCAGUGAGGGGAAUAGAGGAAAUGGCCUUAAACUGAGACAGGGGAGACUCAGAUUAGAUGUCAGGAAAAAAAUGUCACUGUUAGGGUGGCCAGGCGUCGGAAUAGGUUGCCCAGGGAGGUGGUGGAGUCAUCAUCCCUGGAGGUGUUUAAGAGGCAUCUGGAUCUGGCACCGGGUGAUGUGGUUUCAGGGUUACAGUGGCAGUGCUGGGUUGACGGUUGGACGGGAUGAUCUUGUAAGUCUCUGUCAACCUUGAUGAUUCUAUGGUUCUAUCUUGAGAACAGUAAAUGAUUUUGAGAAAGAUGGAAGAAAACUUUCCAUUUUAUACUGACAGUCAUUAAAGCUGCUGUCAGAGAACCCCACCACUCACACCACCACCAUUCUUCACUAAAAAUGUGUCAUCAUUACUAAAGGAUAGCAGAUACAAAAAAAUAUUUCUAAUAUUAUUCAUGAUCUGAUUUUAGAUAAAUGUAAAGAAUGUAAAUUAACAGUCAUUGCCUGAAGACUUGCAAAAAUAGUGUACUUAAAAUUACUGUUUAAUAUUUUAUUGUUUUUCAUAGCAAACUUGUAAGGAUAUAUGAAUCCCAAACUAAAACAAAAUAUGUCAUAAAAUCGCUUUCAUGAAUUCCUAAGAAAUGUCUUAGAGAGCAAGUAGUAAAGGAGGUAGCAAAGGAGCUGUGCAUACCAAGAAGUACACAACACACAAAGAGAGGCCUAGAGAGUUGGCAUUUUUCAGGCUAGAGAGAGAAGGGGAAGAAGAGACCUUACUGCUGCCUAGAACUGCCUGAUCGAGGACACAGAGAAGACAGAGCCAGACUCUUCUGGGAGGUGCACCGCAGUGAGACAAGGGACAGGGACAAGAUGCAGCAAAUACAAGUUGGAAUUGGAAAAUGUAAAUUUUCUUUUUAAUUUAUUCACUCAUUACCACGAGGGUGGACUGGACGAGUCCCUUGGAGCAGAGUGCUGAACUAGGCAACCUGCAGAGGUCCCUGCUAAUCUAAAAUAUUUUAUAAUCCUGUGAAAUCUAAUAGAAAUGCUGAGUAUACAUUCCUGCAUUUCCUGGUUUGCUGCCUUUAAUUAGACAACUAAAGAAAAUGCUCCCAAUAUUUGUGAUACUAAGCAUAUCCACCCCAAUAAUCUACAGCAAGGAAAAAAAAAGCCAACAAAACCAAACAAACCAACUCCCAAAAAGCUUCUUAAAAACCAUGAUGGAAUCUGGCACAGUAUGAAUGCUCAACUUGGCAGAUGAAAAUAGUGCUAACUUCCAGUUGACAUUAAUUUUAUUUAUUUUGGAAAACAACAUUGUAUGACAAAAAUAAUUUAAUAUUGCAUGGCUAGUUUUGGUUUGUUGAAAACAAGUCUUUCUAAAGCUUAAGACUUUUUCAUGACUAUUCUGGGAAAGUGAUCAAAUAUAUUGAUGCAGAUAUUGAAUAGAUCACCUGUUUAUUGAGACUUUUUAAUUUUGGGGGAAAAUGGAGCAAUUUAUCAACACAAAUGUGAAAUUUUAGAGUGAAUCUGUUUUUAAAUGACAUUUUAUCUAAAGAGGAUUGCAUGGCUUCAACUGCAAACACUAAAGUGAAGUGAGAGGAAACAUUUCAGAAGGAAUGAAAUAACAGUAAACACUUGAUUUAUAACAAAAAUAAAAUUACUGUUUAAUUGAUUAGAACAUAUGAAGUACUGAUACUCGCAGGUCUGCACAGGUACACAAUGUCCCCAAUAUGCACACUUUUGUACUUGUUCCUGAUUCAGUAUUUGAGAAUGAUCAUUAGAGGCAGGAAAAAUGCUUCAUUUUUUCCUACUUAGCAGUUCUAGAAGGCCACAGUAAUUUUCCAUUGCCCAAGAAAUUUCUGGACCAAAAAAAUUGAGUCCAGGACCUGCAAGUCUUUCCAUUUGGCAAUAGCAUGCCUCUCCAUUUUAUAUACAAGCACAGGUAAAAAUAAAAUUAAAGUACAUUUAUACUUCAAUAAGAUCCUGGUUUAUUCAGAUGUUAAUUGGUGGAUCAAUUUUUUGCAUUUUCCAUGCAUACCAGAGUUUUUGCACACACUUCAAAAAGUAGUGGACAAAGGAGAAAAUAACUCCUUACAGUAUUUGCUUUAAAAAAUAUUUUUUUCUAGUAGGCUUUCUUGUUCACAAAACCUGUUUAGAGGGCCAGUCAUUUCCCAGAUAAACAAAAGAAGGCUCAGAAGCUUAAAGGACCAUUAAACUUACAGGAGCUGCAGGAAAGCUGGAUGAAAGCUCAUAUGGUUCCUCUGAAAUCCAAUGGCCCAGUUCCAAAGACCACAGAACCUAGAAUUAAAUAGGUAGUAAGUAGAGCUCUUAUAGUUUCUAAAACAACAAACUCUUUGAAUGUGUAAUUAGAAGUGACAGUGCUGUUGCAACAGUUGUUUGAUACUUCAUUUAUCCAAACCAAAGGAUUUGUUGAAAAAUCACGCAAUUGAAGAAGAUACAAAUUUUACAACUGAAACAAACCAUUAAAAUACUGGCCAUAUUUCUAUGCAUAGCUACAUUAAAAUUUAAAACCUUGUGAGAGUAUUAGAAAAUAGAGGAUAUUAUUUUCAUCACAAUACAUAGAAUUAGAACAAAGAUUCCAAAAGGGAAGUUAUACUACAUCAGUUCUGUUCUCUUGGUUCAGUCAAUCAUUGAACUUCAUGAGGUUUCUGUUAGCUCAUUUCUCCAGCCUCUCAAGGUCUCUCUGAACAAGAACACCCAUCUGGUGUUUGAAACGCUCUUUCACAGUUUUCUAACAUCUGCAAACUUGCUGAGGUUGCACUCUUCCCCAUCAUCCAGAUCAUAAAUGAAGAUGCUAAACAAUGGUGACAAGGAUUAUGUAACUAUUGCAUAGAAUAUACAUUACAUAUGUAAAUCAGCCUGCAAAGAAGGAAAACUCAAUUUCAUCCACUUUGGUCCCCUGCUCUGUCAAUGUCAUAUUCUAGAGCACAAAAAAAGGCGCAGAACAUUGACACUCUAGAAAAUACAUAAUCACUUGUGUUCAACUGAGCUCUGAAACACUGGAUCAAUAUGAUCCUUGGAGACUAGCAAUACUAACACUUUGGACUACUUUCAGACUUUUGUUCCCAUCAGCGCCAUCAGAAAAUUGUUAGUGGAAAAAACCUACUUAAAAUGGUUGUAUUUUUAAUUUCUGAAAGACUCUAUUUUUAUUUUUUUUUGGUAAAACUUUCCCAAAACUGCUUCAUCCAGCAUAUUUUUCCACACUGAUUUUCUAAACCGUUCUUCAAAACAAUUUACCAUAACUUGCAGUUGGUAGACUAUAAUAUUAAAAGCUCCCACAUAGUGUUUAGAUACUAUCCCUCAAUUGGUAAAAGCAUCAUCUUAAUGAGAAAAUGAAAAAGAGUGAAGUUUCUACAUUGGCUCUGUCCUUGAGUCAUAUAAAGGACAUUUUGCUACUAAUUUGUAGAUAGUCUAAAUUUAGAAGCACAUUCUGAUGGAAGACAAGAUUAUUUUCCUCAUUGGUUUUAUCAGUGGUGAGCCAUAAAGCUUCUUAUAUAGGUAAGAGACUGGUAAAUUCUUUGCCAGUUUUGUCCACUCAUUCCACUCAACAACUUUUCCCUUUAGAAGAUAUUUAAGCUUCACAACAUCCUUCCAGCAGUUGCCAUCUGGCACCUCUUAAAUACAAGUCAAAGCAAGCAAUGCUACCUACAAGUACCUACCCUGCUCUCCUAGAACAACAGAGAGUAUUAAGGGAAUAAGAAGCAUACAUAUACCCCCAAAAUGGGAUAUAUGGAAUUUAUCAGAGAGUAAAUCCCUGUUUUAGAAUAAUUCUACCUCUGUCACAUUUACCCUAAAUAGCUCUCUCACAUUUUAAAUAGAUGAUGGCUGUUUCUUACUGUUAGCACAGCCAGGCACCAUUAAACUGUCAUUAUUCACCUUAGAACAAGCUGAAUUUCAUCAGUGCGUGAAAUUAUUCCCAUACUUGUUUCACAAUAACUGAAAUACUCUGUAUUUUUCUUUCUUUUGGAAGAUGCCAUACAAAUCCAUAUAUUAUUAAUUUUAAUUAUAAAACAUUACCUCAUAAAAUUUAGGAACAAGCCUGUGAGCUAUUCCACUUGGAUAAAAACUGGUAUUGUAGAUAUUGAGCAUGGUAAAGUUAUCCUCUACAAUGUUAAAGCUCAUUGAUGAAAAAUUUUAAGCUGAACAGAGUGAUUAUAAACUAGCAACAUAAACCUUAUAAAAUGGCCUAAUUGUAUGUAGGAAAAUAAGUUUCUGUAAAGGACUUUUUUGCCCCAAAUCUAUUGCUACAUGAAGGAAAAUUCCAAACUCGUUUUCGAUAAAAAAAUUAUUUUCUAAAUUAAGUUCUAUAGUUUUCAGUUGAAAGCAGCUUAUGUCUCAUGACUUCCAGGGAAACCAGCAACUUUUAAUGUGAACUGCUACAAAAGCUGGUGCUUUGUGUGAUGUGACAAGACAUGUUUGACUUGUGAGGGGAGGUAUCUAAUUUUGCAGGUGACUAGAAGUGAACAGUGAUUUGUUGCUGGUAAUAAAAAGCAGCAUAUCUUCAAACUUAUUGUUGAACUUGAUCACAGAAUUCCAAAGAAUAUUAUGUUUUCUUUUAGAAGAUGUACAACCAAAUAUUUGAAAAUGAAACGCAUAUACAAAAAAAGAAAAUAAUUUCUACAGUCAUUAUAUCAUACCAAACAUAAAAAUAAGAGUUAAGCACAUUAAUAAGUCAGUGACAUUUAACAAAUAUUCAAAACUCAAUAAUGCAUUUCUGUGUUCAGCUAAGUAUAGUAACUUCUUAAAAACAUACAGACUGCAAUUUAGGAUUGUAAAUUAUAAAUUUUAAAGUGGUAGCUGUGUGUAUUUUUUACAAUUACUUUUAGCAAUUUAAAGUAAGAAUGUUGAAGUCUGUGAGCUUUAUAC